ACAAUUGAAUGCCUUUCAGGUGUUCUUAAUUAUGCAAAGCAAAUAAUAUCCAUUCCUGAUAAGAUUAGACUCAAGGAACUGUUAAAUCCCGAUGAUGAUUAUACGGAAUUUUUUGACAAUGGUUACCAUGGCAUGGAGCUUGGAUUGAGUCUCGAAGUCAUUAAACAACUAGUUCAAAUUUACUUGUUAUCAUAUUUAUCUAUAAUUAAGAUUUUAAUUAAUGACGAAAUAUCAAGGGAUAAAUUGAUUUCUCGUGAAAAUACUCAUCGGAUGUUAAUAGAUACUAUGGAAUUGUCUAAAGACUUUGCACCCUCGGUGGAACUAGUAGAUUGCACGUUCAACUUAUAUGUCAAUAACGACAAUGAUCUUAUAAAUUUUAUGAAUAAUGUAUUACAAUUGUCGGUACAGUUAAAAAAACUAGCCAAUUUACCGAAACCAAUUAAUCUUCCUAAUGAAACCGAAUUAAAGUGGUUUAUAGAAACUAUAUCAUCUCAUUUCGGGCCAUUUCUUCAAUAUUGUACUCCUCACACAUUAUUCCUUAGAUUUUUACAAUCAAUUGGAUUUGAACAUUCAACAAUAUUAGAUUUUUUGAUAUCUAAUGAAACUCAAUUUUUAGAAUUUUUUGGAACAUAUUGUAAAUAUUUAGAGCAAGAUGUUGAAGAGUUUCGAAUAGAAUGCUAUAAGUUCGAAAAGAAGAUUUCUAAAGUAAAUUCAUCUGAUGAAAUUAGUAUUAUUGAGGUGAUGAAUGAGGACAUUAAUGAGCAUAAAAAUGAUAAUUUAAUGUCAAAUUUACGAAGUAUGGAAACUAUAGAUCAUGUAAAUGAAGUAUUUUGUAAUCUUAGAGAAGUUAUACAAUCAUUAAUGGAUAAACAAUUAUUUCCUUAUAAUGCAAGCUCUCUAGUUAAGAGGAUUAAAAAAGUAGAAGAGAUACUAAUAGUUUAG